GUAAAUUCUCUUUAAUUUUCUUAAUACCUCGUCAAUUUUGACAUCCGAUUACUAAAAUCAUGUAACAGUGAAAAUUAUUUCCAAAUUGUCCAAUAUUUUUAUACAACACAUAAGUAAUGUCGUUUAGCUGUUCCCAGUGUAGCUUCAUAGCUCAGUUCGAGAGUGCUUUGACGAUGCACCACCAGCUGUACCACGAGCCACACAUAGACAGAUCCUUCAAGACUCGGUCUAACAUACUUCCAAACACGCUACCUCGCAUAUCUAGGAGACCUGCCGAUAGCUCCAAGGAAAAGGAUUUGAGAUUACCGGCAAGAACAUCAUCAGCGACACUACUGUUUGAGAAACUUCGCGCCCGAAUACGUAGAAGUAAAGCUUUGUUCGCACAUCAUGAAGAGUCCGGCGACGAAUGUAAUGAUAUAAUGGGUCAUAGUGUGGUUACAUCGAAUUCUACGAGGGAGCUUACACCCACCUUUAGUUCUGUGAACGGAAUCAAGGAGUCCCUCAAGGAGGUGUUUUCAUGCCAUUUGUGUUCCUUUGAUGCAGAUAGAAUAACAGCUCUCGACCGACAUCUCCUUAACGACCACAAAAUCUCCCUGGAUAAACUUCUCAAGCUAGUCAUGGCAAAAACAAAAGACGGAUUAAUGGAUGACGUACCGAUACAAAGGAAUGGUGUGCGACAGCCCUACUAUCGGUCUGUAGACAUGAACACAGAGGGCGGAGAGUUCAUUAUAGAAACUACAACGCCACAGAUUAAAAUUCUCAAACAUGCAUCGGUGAAUACAGAUUUGAAGUACACUGACAUACCAGAUUUGAAUGACGAUUGUAAACUUAUGACGCACGAAAUAGAGAAGCUUAUUGAUAUGCCGAGAGACAAAUGUGAUAAAAACACUUUAUUAGCCAAAAUGCAAACUUUAAACGAGUAUAUGUGCAAAUUUGCCAAUUCGUCGAAUACUCUUAAGAAUGUUUUGAAUAAAGAGCUAGUGCAGAAGAAGAGUUUGAAUAGGAGCAAUGAGUCGUUCAUCAGCUUUGGAUUAGGGGACCAGACUCCAAGAUCCUGGAAACAGACGAAUAGCGAGGGAGUUGUAAGGAUACCUAGAAAGACCAGUCAAAAAAGGAACAGUAAAUCGAAGUUGUCCGCCGAAAGUUUUUACUUUUAGAUACAAAAUGUUUUGUAUAUAAUAUUGUUUGUAUAGCUUUGAAUAAAGUAUUGUAAUUUAUGAA